AUUGAAAUGGUGGUUUUUUUUCCAGGUCGUGUGUCGGACUUUCCGAUAGUUUCUGAGAGAGGCUCAUCAUCAUGGGGAAGAGAGAAAAAUACGCUUAAAAGUUAAAAAUGGAGAGAGCCUCCUCGGUCCUCUGAGCUGAAACAUGGGAGCAAGUGCCUCGCUCUGUAGUGACCCAUCUUCAGUGAGAAUCCUGAGGCCCAGUGCUAAGGUCGGCCCGGAGCCGGCUGUUCCUGCUGAACUCGCGGCCAGGUGUGUGUUUGGUGUUGCCUUGGAAACACUAAGUCAGGAAGGGCAGAUGGUCUCCGGAAUACCUUUUGUGUUAAGAGACAUGGUCGAGUUCCUGGAUAAGAAUGGCAUGCACCAUAGAGGUCUGUUCCGUCUAUGUGGCUCAGCGGUGCGUACCAGGCAGAUAAGGCAGCUGUGGGACCGGGGAGAGAGGGUGGACCUGGAGCAGGAGCAAGAUGUCCCCACUGUGGCCUCACUCCUGAAGCUCUUCUUUAGGGAGCUGCCGACCCCAAUAGUUCCAGAACCAAAGUGCAAACAACUGGUUCAGACACUCACAGGUUAUGCAGAUGCAGAAGAUAUGAACCAGUUCCUGAGAGAAAGUCUGUACCACCUCCCAGAUUACCACCUCAUUGUUUUAUCUUACCUCAUCCACUUCUUGUCCAGAGUGGCCGCUCACAGCAAGUCAAAUCACAUGCCUGUGGAAAAUCUGGCAACCAUUUUUGGACCUAGUAUAUUCCAUGUUCCUGCAGGGCCCAGGAUGCUGGAGGAGCAGAAUGUCUGUAAUGCUCUAUUGCUUCAUCUUCUGAGGCAUCAGGAGAUUCUCCUUCCAGUCCCAGGCCAGGACAUAGUAGCCUCCUCCAUCACCUCCUCGUCACCUCCUCCUCCUAGUCUCUCUGCCCUUUCGCACUUUGAGGUCCGACCCAGCAGCUGCCACUCAGAAACGAGUAGUCUGGGGAGGUUGGAAGAAGAAACCGCUUCAGUCUCAGCAGCCAACACUUUUAACGAAACCGGAAUUCAACCUCCACUGAAGAGUCCUGACACACUGGCAGAUGCUUGUGAAACCAGCUCUGACGUCAGCGCUGACAUUCAGAAGCUGAUUCCAGACCAGGAGGCUGCGGUGGAGAGUGGAGAAAGUAAGGUUACAGGCUGUGUCCUCAGCGGGCCAGGGCAACACAUGCAGCAGAGUACACCAUCCCAAAACAUUCAGGGAGAGCUACAGGAGAUGAAUCGUACCACACAAGGAUCCUUCUCACAGUGCAAGAUGCCACAAAUCUCGUCCAAACCAAAGGAGGAAAAGAAAGAAGAAAUAGAUGAGUUGGAGGAUGCCUCAACAGAUGCAGGGCAGACAUCAACGUCCCCAGACUGCUGCAUCCUAGCGAAUGAAUCACAAUGCAAAAACCAAGCUCAGAGGGAGCACACAGAGAGAAUAUUGUUUUACAGCAUGUUGUGCUGUGGGGAGAACAGAGCAGAAGAGAAAUCCACUGUUUCUGAAUCCAAGGGCAGAAGCGGAGGAGGAGAAAGAGGAGGAUGCAGCGGUUCGCCUGACAGACACAUUGAUUGCAGAGGCAUGAACACCAGUCGUGACAGCCCUUCCCUCAAGUUAAAAGCUCUGGAGGCUGACCUGGGAGCCCUGUCACCACCAGCAGACCCCCAAGCUGAGGAUUACCCACCUGCCCAGGACCAGCCUCUUUCUACUGAAGAGCGGAGCCUGUGUUUGACCGACAAGCUGCUACUCCAUCAGCCACCAUCGCCUCCACCUCGGGAACAACACGCCGUUGACUCAUCACAGCCUGCACAAAGCCCAUCACCUCAAUCAUCGGAGUCUGGUUCUGUGCUCUCCACUGCCGUUCAUUCUGAGGGGAUCCCAGACAACGGCACAUCGACGAGCACACUGGGAUCAAACACCAGCCCACUACUCACCCGUUUUACAACAACCGACUGCCCUGUUCCCUCUCCACGCUGCCACAACCUCAGUCACAGUCUGCGCUACAACCUAGACCCUGAUACUGCCCCUUCUCCACCGUGUUCACAGCACAAACGCAUGGCUCGCAGGGGUGUCCAAACAGAGCCGGAGGAGGGUUCUAUGUCGAUCUCAGUGCUCAACCGACACAUUCACACCCUGAGGAAGAGGAUCAGGCGUUUUGAGGAGCAAUUUGAACAAGAGAAGCACUACAAGCCGGCCCACAAUGACAAGACAGCUCAUCCUGAGGUGGCCAGGCUGAUGAAGGAGCUCAUCAAGAGUCGCAAGCAGCUUAAAGAGCUAAAGCUGAGACAAUCGGAAGGAGGGGACCUGAGAGGGCAGGGAGGCUUUAACCCAUCAGCUGAAACGGGUAGGACCAACAUAGACCACAAGGAGGCAGCACUCACAGGCACUGAGCUGCAGCAACUUAACAACAACACUAACACCAAGCCAAACGUGGAGGAAACAGUCAACACCAUAACCAACAGAAUGAAGGAAAGACGACAAGAGCUUGGCCUGCCUGACAGCAUUAAGGAGAUGUAUCAUUUCCAGAUGAGUUUGGAGAAGACCAGCCUGCAGAAGUGUUUGCUCUACUUUGAGAGUCUGCAUGGACGACCAAGCACCAAGCAGGAGCGGAAUCUGAUGAAACCUUUCUAUGAUAGAUACCGCCUUCUCAAGCAGCUGCUGUUUUCCUCUGCUCCUGCAAAAGUCAUAACCACCAUUGAGGAAGAGGAGGGCUCAGAUGAAGAGCACCCCAAACAGCGAAGCCCCAAACAGCAGCCACUCUGGCUGAAAUCUCCCAGGUCCCUGUCUUCAGAUGAGUUGCUGCAAGUUCCCUCCCUAGAAACGCCUGAAACACCUCUGGUGUCCCCGCUGGAGGAGGUAAAAGGUCUCCAGCCACAGUUAAUCACCAUGGCAACACUACAUGAAGCUCCCAGACCAGAAUUACUGGAUCACCUCAGGACGACUCGAUUAGAGAAGAAGAGGCUUCACCAUGUGCUAAGAGAGUUUGAGGACCACUUUUACAUGCAGACUGGCAGGGCUUGUCAGAAGGAGGACCGUGGCCCGAUGGCGGAGGAGUACUGCCAGUACAAGAACCUCAAAGCGAAGCUCCGGCUACUGGAGGCCCUGCUCAGUAAACAACAGAACUCAACUAAGACCAGUUGAGUUUUCUCACAGUGGGACUUUUCUCCAACUUAACAGCACUCAAUCUUUUCUGAGAAAAUCAGGAUAUGAACCUUCAGGUCUGGUCUUGUUACAUGCCAUGCUCAUUAUGUUGAUGCACUUUAGAUGAAGAAAACAAAUGGAAAUCGGUGACAAUCUGAGUUAAAUGCUUAAAAACUAUUUUUUUUUAAGUCCCUUAAACACAUCCCUUGUCAUUCAUGAAGCAUCUUAAUAUAAACCUGAUGUAGAAAGUGUAUUUUAUGUAGCACUUGUAUAUGUCACAGAUGAAGAGCUGCAUUAUUAUGAUGUUAGUGAGAGUUAUUUUAAGAUCACUGUAUGUAUUUUACGGCACUUUAAUACUUCCUUUUUUUCUGUGCCAAAAUAUUACUUUUAGACAACAUUGUCUAUAGUUGAUGUGGAUACUGCAGUUUUUAAAAGUGCUGUCUUGGCAACAAAAAAAAAAAGAA